AUGGCGCACGUUCAGACGCCUGGCGGCCCUGAUGCGAUCGACUAUGCCUUGCAGCAUUCCCCACCUCCCACUCCCCCUAGCAGUCAACAAUCCUCAACACCUCGAGUCGAUUCCGAUGCGACUUUGACAGAGGAGAAAGAUGAGGCGAAUACGCCAUCCCCAAUCCAACAAGAUGCCAGCCCGUUGCCGGCGCUAGAUCGCCCGGGUAUCCUGAAUCGAUAUGCUACAGAAAUAGCUGUGCCUGUCAAUCCAAGACCUGCCAUACUCAGGCAACAGAGGAGGUCUACGGGCGCGGGGAAUUCUACCAGAUUGGAGCUCACCGCAUCUAAUGUGGCCCCUCGACGGGCUGAAGAUCCGAAGUCUUCGUCCUCCGAGAACUCUUCAGAUGAUGAGUUGACCAUGCAAAAGAGCAAUACCGCACCUCCUCAUAGUCAGCUAUCGGCGAAACGGCUCAAUCAAGUGCGGAGAAGUCCAAAACAUGGAUCCCGGCAGCUGACUGUUGGCAAUGAGUACUUUCAAAGUCUUGGUCGCGUUGCAAAGGACGGACGGCUCAAGAUUCAUGUCAACGAAACUGUUGCCAAGUCAGGAUAUCUCAGCAAGGCAUUGGGCACAACUCUGUCUCGACACCUACGCCCCGAGGCCCAACAAGAAGCUGCAGCUGCAGAAAAACAGAAGAAUGCAUUCCAACAGUCCAAGCAAAACCUCCAGAUCCCUCGACUCAACAUCGUUAUCAUGGUGAUUGGAAGUAGGGGCGACAUCCAACCUUUUCUUGCCAUUGGCCGGAUACUCAGGGACAAAUAUCACCAUCGAGUACGAAUUGCAUCUCACCCAGCUUUCAGGGAUUUUGUGGAGAAAGAGAUCGGGCUGGAGUUCUUUUCUGUUGGAGGCGAUCCUUCAGAGCUCAUGGCAUUCAUGGUCAAGAAUCCCGGUUUGAUUCCCUCGCUGGAGACUAUUAAAGCCGGUGAGAUAGGCCGUCGACGGGAUUCAAUGUACGAGAUGUUCAAUGGCUUUUGGCGGGCUUGCAUCAAUACGACCGAUGACGAGCAUGAUAUGCCCAAUCUUCAGAUGAUGGGUGAAAAACUUCCCUUCAUUGCCGACGCCAUUAUCGCAAAUCCGCCAUCUUUCGCACAUUAUCACAUUGCAGAGAAACUGGGUAUUCCACUUCAUUUAGUGUUCACUUUUCCCUACACGCCGACCUCAUCGUUUCCACAUCCGCUAGCAAACAUCAAGUCAGCGAAUGUGGAAGACACCAAAUAUCUCAACUUUAUGAGUUACCCGCUGGUCGAUCUUAUGACAUGGCAAGGGCUUGGGGACCUGAUCAACAAAUUCAGAGUCAAGACGCUCAACUUGGAGCCGGUCAGUACAUUAUGGGCUCCAGGGCAGCUUAGCAGGCUGAAGGUGACAACCACCUACCUGUGGAGUCCAUCUUUGGUUCCAAAGCCGGAGGACUGGGGACCGGAAAUUGACAUUGCUGGAUACGUUUUCUUGGAUCUGGCCAAGUCAUACAAGCCUCCCGAAGACCUUGUUGCAUUCCUUCAGCGGUCCAGCGACGCCCGUCCCAUAGUUUAUAUCGGCUUUGGUUCAAUUGCUGGGAUAGACGAUGCUCGUGGGUUUGCUCGGAUGAUCUUCGAUGCCGUGGCUAAAGCUGACGUACGUGCAAUUAUCAGCCGAGGCUGGGGAGGCAUGGGCGACGGUAUGGACAAGCCAGCUGGAGUCUACCUCCUUGAUAACGUUCCCCACGAUUGGCUUUUCCCUCAAGUAGACGCAGUCGUUCACCAUGGCGGUGCAGGUACAACCGCUGCAGGCCUGAAAUUCGGGAAGCCCACAAUGAUUGUGCCCUUCUUCGGCGAUCAGCCAUUCUGGUCUUCGAUGGUAGCUAAAGCCGGCGCAGGUGCCAAGCAGGCCUGGCCGCUGAAGAAGCUGGACAGCGACAGGUUUGCUGAAGGCAUACGACAAUGUCUUGAGCCCGAUGCCAAAGAAAAGGCACAGGAAAUUGCGAAGAGCAUCGAAAAGGAAGGGGACGGAGCCGAGAACGCGGUUGAUUCAUUCCAUCGGUCCCUUCCGUUGGAUUCUAUGCGGUGUGGAAUCUUCCCUGAUCGCUUGUCUAUAUGGUCCGUCAAACAUACCAAUAUGCGCUUGAGUGUUCUGGCCGCAGAUUUGCUAGUCGAGAACAAGCAACUUCAAUGGCAGGAUGCGGAACUGAUUAAGCAUGUCAAUUGGAAAGAUUUUGCUGGGCCUGGGGAGCCGAUAACAGGUGCAGGUGGUGUCAUCGUCAAUGCUUUUCAGGAAGCAUUUGAGGGGCUUACCAGUAUUCACGAGACGACAAAACGUGACAUGGCCAAGCACCAGAAGAAACGAAGAAAAAAGAAGGGUUAUUCAGUUGAGGACGCUGUCGUGAUUCCGGGAAAUUUGGCUCAUGCGCUUCGGGGAGCCUCGACUGAGACUGCAAGGCGCGAUUAUGCCAGGAUGUCGGCGGAAAUGAAUCUGCACGGCGAAGCCGCUCCUCGCAGAACAUUCAUGAGUCCAUCGCGUCGUGGCAGUCAUGAAUCGAAUGAACUCAAGCUGACAAGAACCGACACGAAUCUGAGCCACACCCAUACUCCGGUGCUUAUCAUGAAGGAUGUGGGAAAGGGCCUAGGCCGGACUCUGAAGCCCAUUGUCAGAUUGCCCUCGAACAUGUUUUACGCCAUGACCUUGGGUUUGCGGAAUGCUCCUCGUCUAUACGGCGACAAGACGGUUAGGCCACCUCAUGACCCCAUCCAUGGAUUUCGUGAUGGCCUCGAAGUUGCGGGGCAAGAGUUCUGGUUCGGUAUCUAUGAUGGCGUGACUGGCCUGGUGCGAAUCCCAUACCUAGAAGUGUCCGAGGAUGGGGCCAUGGGUCUUCCCAAGGGUAUCGCACGUGGCAUCGGCGGCUUGGCAUUGAAACCGACGGCGGGAGCUAUGGGUCUGUCAGCUUAUACCGUCAAGGGUAUUCAGAUGAGCCUGCGGAAAAAGUACAGAGACAUCCGGCGAACUGAACGCUGGAUACGAAGAGCACGAAUGUCUCAAGGCGCCAAAGCGGUGCAGGAGCUCAAGACACAGGGAUUGACGAGUGGUCAGCGUGGUCCUCCUGACGCGAGACACUCUGGCUCAGAAUUGGAGCGAAUGAGAACUAAGGUGCUGACACAAUGGUCAACACGAGGCCUGCUUGCCACGGGCGAGAACGCGGGGACCAAUGGUCACGCUGUCGGCACGUCUCAGCAGAAGCCUCCAAGGUCACCGAAAAAGGCGGAAACAUUCUGA